GUAUUUCCCACACGUACUGUACACGCAGCUGUCCCCUAUUUUGCCAAUUACUUUACACAGACAAAUCAAGAAGGGUUUGGCAGCUCACAUCAGAACUUUUUUUGCGGCGGCCUCUUUGCACCCGGAACGAAAGUUAGAGAAUACUUUUUCCAGACGGACCUGUCAGUACGUUACACAGGAAUUGCAACCGUGGAACUGGAGGUCAGUGUUAUGGCGGCGCAGGUUGCGGUGCUGUGUGUACAGUUGCGGCAGAGUCCGGGGCUGCUUGGAAUUGUACGCAGAGCCCAAGUGUGCUGCAGGAUAAUUAAUAAUCCUAUUAAACUAAAACAGAAUUACAGUGGGACCGCUCGCUUACUGAGUACUCUUCCUCCACCUCCGCCAGGAUAUAAAAAAACUUCUAAACCUGGGCCGGUAUCAUGGAAGUCUCUGGCCAUUACUGUGGCCUUGGGAGGUGUACUAAUGGCUGGGAUGAAAUAUGUUAAAAAGGAAAAAGAAGAAAAGAUCGAGAAAGAAAAGAAUCGGUCACUGGGGAAGCCUUUACUUGGUGGUCCUUUCUCUCUAAUCGAUCACAAUGGACUGCCCAAAACAGAUCAGCAUUACUUGGGACAGUGGAUAUUACUGUACUUUGGUUUCACACAUUGCCCUGAUAUUUGUCCAGAUGAGAUUGAGAAGAUGAUCCAAGUUGUGGAUGAAAUUGAUGCAUUGGAACCUGUCCCCAAUCUCAUUCCACUGUUCAUCACCGUUGAUCCUGAACGGGAUGACAAAGAUGCUGUCGCCAGAUAUAUUAAAGAAUUCUCGCCUAAGCUUGUGGGGCUGACUGGCACUGUAGAUCAGAUUGAGAAAGUGGCAAAGGCAUACAGAGUAUAUUUCAGCCAAGGGCCCAAGGAUGAUGACAGCGAUUACAUUGUGGACCACACAAUUGUUAUGUAUUUAGUGGGACCAGAUGGUGCCUUUGUCGAUUAUUAUGGACAGAAUAAAACAAGUAUGGAAAUUACCAGCUCCAUUGCACUCCAUAUGAGAAAGUUCCAGCAAACGAGAUAACUAUACGCUGUCCUCUAUAACUGGGUUUUCUUUUUCCACAAGAGGAACUCCCUUUCUAUCUUGCUUCUCUUUUUUCCAGAAAACUUUCUGUUUUAUCUGCUCCACUGGUGAUUGUAAAUUAUAAAUGUAAUUAAAUAGAAAUUGACCAAAUGUAUGAUUUUUA